AAAAUGAUGAUGUCGAAUAAGGUUAAAUAUUGCUCCUUGGCUGUCGUUAUUGCAUUGUUUUUGGUGCUGGUGUCAACGGCUGAUGGCGCUCCGAUGCCCAGGUACCAGAGCAACGGUUACUACAAUGAAUUGGAAGAAGUCCCUGAUGACAUUUUAAUGGAAUUGAUGGCACGCUUUGGACAAACUAUUAUGAGGGCUCGCAACGACUUGGAAAACUCAAAACGUACAGUUGAUUUUGGUCUGGCUCGCGGUUACUCUGGAACUCAAGAAGCUAAACAUCGCAUGGGCUUGGCAGCUGCUAACUUUCCCGGCGGUCCAGGACGAAGGCGACGUUCCGAAACCGAAGUUUAAGCAGUUAAUCUGUGCUGCUCAACUUCUAUAAAAGCAUAAAUGUUCCAUAAAAACUCCUUAAAGAGCACAAAUUAUUUUUUUUUGCAAUUGUUUUUAUUCUUUUUUUAUAAUAGUAUUUUUUUUUGUUAUUUAACUUAUUACAAAUGUUAAAACAAGUUGAAAUGAAGUUCUUAGCUAAAGAAAAAGCUGUAAAUACAAACUUCACCUCUUAUUUUGAUAUACAUAUAUAUA